AAUAACCAGUGUACACUUAAUAAGUGUACACUGAUAAUAACAACAACUCUUACAAAUUUACAUAUCAUCAUAUCAACAAAAACAACAACAACAACAACUUACCAGAAUAAAUUGUAAACAAAUAUGUCAUCUACUCCCAACAUUUGUACUUAAAGUUCUUCUCAUUGUUAUUGCUGUAAUUUUAUUUUCAUAAAAUCUUAACAAAUAUUCUGUUAAGCUGCUGCUCAGUGACAGGCUAAGUAUCCUUGCUACUUCUAAACACCAGCAAAAAUGGAAGGUUUAAAUAAAUUUCGCAAUCGUUUUCGUACCACCAAACUGCCGCAAGAAGUGGAUGAUGGUUUAGAAACUUUGGAUGAAUACCGCAUGAGAUGGCGUUCCAUAAAAGUUAUAUAUUUCACCAUGUUCUUAAUGUCAUUGGGGUUUAGUAUUAUACUAACGGGGAUAUGGCCAUAUUUGAAUAAGCUAGAUCCUUCCGCCGGCAAGGAAUUUAUGGGUCUUAUAGUAGCCGCCAAUCCAUUGGGUCAAAUGAUUUUUAGCCCUUUAUUCGGUUGGUGGAGCAAUAAAAUCGGUUCUAUACGUUUGCCGCUGUUAAGCUCUUUGGCUUUGUUUACUGUGGCCAGUGCUAUAUAUUCUUCGUUGGAAAUGCGUCCGGAUCAUGUUAAGUACUGGAUGUUGGUUUCCCGUUUCUUAAUUGGCGUCAGUUCUGCCAAUAUUGCAGUAUGUCGUUCGUAUUUAUCGGCUGCUACUCGUUUGAGUGAGCGAACAAAGGCAGUUUCGAUGGUUUCUUUAGCCCAGGUAUUGGGUUUUAUUAUCGGACCUGGUUUGCAGGCUUUAGUUACCCCUCUGGGCAGUGAUGGUUAUGUUUGGCUGUGGGGCGGUAUGGUUUUUAAUAUGUAUACCGCUUGUGGUUGGAUAAAUGUUGUCAUGAGUGUGGGCAACUUUAUUAUGUUUCUGCCGUCGAUAUUUGAGGAACGUAAAGUGGCGGCCCGUGAAAUAAUGAUAAUGCAGGGUAAAUCAUCGGAAAAGGAAACCUGGAAAUCUAUUAAACCGGACUAUAUAUCAGCCUGGACUUUGAUAGUGGCGUUUUUUGUAUUGGUCUUUAAUUUUGUUUUAUUGGAAACCUUGGGCACUUCUUUGACCAUGGAUCAAUUUGCCUGGUCCAACGAUGAGGCCUUGUGGUACAUGGGCAUUUUAAUGUCUGUGGGUGCUAUAAUAGCACUCAUAACAUUUGUGGCGAUUAAUCCAUUGUGUAAAAUUUUUCCAGAAAAUCAAGUUCUUAUAUGGGGUGGUUUCUCUCUAAUGGUAUUGGGUCGUGUACUCUAUAUACCCUGGGGCGAUGGACCACCCAAAAUAGCUGAAGUCUACAAUGUAACCAUACCUUUGACGGGCAAUUCUACAAUAGAUCUAUCGCCAGACAAUGAAAUAUUCUUGGGUUGCCCUAAAACUCAAGAAUGGUGUAACACAACUCCAGCGCUUACUCUCACACAAUUUAUUAUAGGUUAUGGUUUUACCUCAAUAGGUUAUCCUAUUGGUGUAACUCUUAUACAGACAAUAUUUUCCAAAGUUUUGGGUCCAAGACCUCAGGGAGUUUGGAUGGGUUUAAUGACGGGUUCGGGUUGUUUAUCAAGGGUAUUUGGACCAGUAUUUGUGGGUUCUAUUUAUACACGAUUGGGUACUUAUUGGACCUUUGGCAUAACAGCAAUAAUGAUGUUAUUCUCCAUGAUAUGGUUGAUGAUUGAAAAAAAACGUUUAAUUCCUCCCACAUUUGAGAGCACUGAACCGGUGGAAUUAAAAGAUUUAAAUACGACGAAAAGGGAAAAUAAUACCGAAAUCAAUAGAGAUAUUGAAGCCGAAGCCAAUGGUCAUAUAGAAGAAGACUCUAAAUUAUUAAAUAGUAAAAAUAAUGUAGUUAUAGUAGCGGCCCAGGUAAAGUCUUAAACUUUAUACUUAAUGUGCAAUUUAUUAUUUAGAUUAAGCUAUGAAAUUAAUGUAAUUCAAUUACUUUGAAUUUCAAACAAACAAUAAAAUAUAAAUAUAAACAAUAAUGAUAAUUAUAUUAAACAAAUAUUAAAUAAUUUUAAAUGUUGUAGUUAGGAAAAAAACUGUAAUUGUUACAAUUAACUAAAAAAAUGAUUUGAUUUUAAAAAUGACUUGUUACUCAAUUUUUAAAUUUGUUUUUGUAUGCGAAGGAUUAUAAGUACUUUAAUAGUAUGUAUAUUAUAGUAUUAUUAAAAAUUUAUUUAACAUUUUGUGUUUAAUUGUGUCGUCUGUCUAAUUAACAAACUGCCUUUAACAGUAAUAAUUUAUUAGAUAAAUAAAUUGUUAGUUAAGUGAAAUUUUUUACAACAAUAUAAA